GUUAACAUCAAUUACUUGCCAACGUUCAUUCAAGAAGCAACAAACUAAAAACUCAUCAAAAUGUUCAAAUACGCUGUAUUUCUCUUCGCCCUCAUCGCCUGCGCCGCCGCCAAACCCGGUCUCCUUGCUGGCGCGCCUUUGGCCUACGCUGCUCCCGCCGCCUUCGUUGCCGCUCCAGCCCCAGUGGUGACCGCCACCAGCAGCCAAGUGAUCGCUCGCAAUUACAAUGGCAUCGCCGCUGCUCCAAUUGUUGCAGCCGCCCCUGUAGCCGCCCCUCUAGUAACGCGUUAUGCUGCCGCUACCCCUCUGGCCGCACCAUUGGUUGCUUCACCCUACGCUGCUGCACCUUUGGCUGCCCGUUAUGCUGCUCCCCAAAUUCUGUGGUGAAAAACUUAUUUAACCUUUAAUUACCA